AUGAGCGCAACGGCGCCUUUAUCGCCGGAGGUUGCGGCCGAAACGAAGGGUCCCACUAUCGUCGCCGUCAACUGCAUCGUCACUGCUAUCAGCACGACUUUCGUCUUCGCCCGAUUAUACGUUCGUUUGGGGAUGAUGAAGAAGUUUCAACUCGAUGAUGCUUUAAUUUUGAUCUCAUUAAUUUUCGGAUGGAUGGUCGUCGCCUUCUCUAUUGUCUCCGUGCAGUCUGGAAAUGGAGCCCACGUAUCUACGUUAAAUCCACAACAAGUUUCCGGCGCCAUUCUCUGGACGAUGGUUGGCUUCAUUCCGGGUGUCUUGUCUUUCAGCGUCCCUAAACUUGCAGCCAUCUAUCUUCUAACGGGACUACUGGAACCUUCGAAAUGGCACAAGCGAUUCCUGUGGACGAUGGGUAUUUCGUGUGUAAUUUUCCUCCUGGGCUGCGUUGCUAUCCUCUUUGGGCAGUGCACUCCAUCUAGGGCUCAGUGGGACUUGACCAUCACUGAGAAGACUUGUAUCAGCCCCUGGAUUUUGGUCAACUACUCCGAGUUUGCGGGAACCUUUUCCGGAUUUGUCGACUUAUACUUAGCUGCGUGGCCAGCAACCGUGCUGUUUUCAUUGCAAAUGAACAUAAGAAAGAAGAUAGCGCUGUGUUUUGCCCUUGGAUUGGGUUCAGUUGCCUGCAUUGUAGCCAUCUACAAGACGACGCGACUCCCUGGUCUAGCAGAUCCCGAUUUCACAUACGCCACAUCCGACUUAACAAUUUGGACUUGUGUCGAAGGAGCCUCUGUUAUCAUUGCAACAUGCAUCCCGAUCUUGCGACCAUUAAUCGAAAUGAUAUUCGGACGGCGUAUCAUGGGUAGUACGGGGGAUCGUCAAGGCUAUAAGAACUACGGAACAUCUAAAAGCAACAACACCAAGGACGAACUCGAGAUGAACUCACGUCGGCGCAAGGUCAAGGGCCCGUACGAUUUAGAAACGAAUAUCCAAAUCGGAAAUGAUGGAAGUCAAGACGAUAUCCUGCAGGGCGAUAACUCAAAGACAGGGGCAGACGGCAUUGUACGCACCCAGUCAGUUACAAUCCUAUAUGGGGAGGGAGAGAAGACCAAUGAAGCGCCUUUAGCGAAAUACGAAAAUUGGAAAUAG